GUGGAACAGUUUUUUCACACAAACAAUUAUUUUGGAUUUAAUUUAUUCACCUCUCCCUGAUUGUUUAUUUAGUGUUGUAAUGUUGGCAACGCAUAUUUAACCUGACUUUUUCUACAUGUGUUUAUUUUAAAAUAAAAGAUGGGUAAGGCGAAGAAGACGCGAAAAAUCGCCCAGAAGCGGUUUGCAAAAAUGAAAACAAUGAUCAGUCCCAGCGACCCUCGCAUAAAAGCCAGCCAGAGGGCCCCUCCUCGCAAGAAAAAACCCGAAGAUCCACACGAAAUGAAAGUGCGUGAGGUGCCCCAAGUUAGUUCGGCGCUCUUUUUCCAAUACAACACCCAACUGGGGCCUCCAUAUCACAUUUUGGUUGAUACGAACUUUAUUAAUUUUUCGAUCAAGAACAAGUUGGAUAUUAUUCAGAAUAUGAUGGACUGCUUGUAUGCUAAGUGUAUUCCGUAUAUUACGGAUUGUGUUUUGGGCGAAUUAGAGAAAUUAGGUCAGAAGUAUAAAGUGGCGUUGAGGAUAAUAAAGGAUCCGAGGUUUGAGAGGAUUAAGUGCAUGCAUAAAGGGACGUACGCUGAUGAUUGCCUAGUCCAGAGGGUCACCCAACACAAGUGUUACAUUGUUGCGACGAAUGAUAAGGAUUUGAAACGCAGAAUUCGGAAAAUUCCGGGUGUUCCCAUCAUGUAUGUUGCACAACAUAGGUAUACAAUUGAACGCAUGCCUGAUGCUUACGGGGCUCCAAAAACAUAAUAAACUACGAAUUUUUAUUA